UUGGGUUCAUUCAUUCAAUCAGCGGAUUUCUUCAUUCAUUCACUCCUCUGCCCCUCUUCUUUCUUCAACGUAUUACCUCCCUCAAUUAUUACGCGGAGUGAGCGAAAGAGAGAAGAAACUUGGAGCACGUGACCGUUUCCGGAGUUCUAUUUAUUUAUUUAUUUUCCUAUUUAUUUGUUAAUUUAUUUAUUUAAUUGUAUUUAUUUCCUUAUAUCAAAUCUAUUUGUACCCUGGACCCGAACAAAUAUGAAAUUGCUGGUUGAUACCUCCUUCUCGCUCCUGUUCUCGCUGCUGUUGGCACAGCUACCCGUGCUUACAUCGGCAGCCCCUCACAAUCAUCGGCGGCUCCCUGACCUUGAAAAGCUGACCAAUCAGACGAGAAAUUUGCUCAGACUGACCCAAGACCUUCUGAAAGACCAUGUGAUUAACACAGAUAUUGAGCACAGAUUAAAAUCCCUCCCAGCUAUGACCAACAAAGCAAGUGAUCUCAGUUCCCUAAAGCUUAAGGAAACUUUACCACAGCUUCUCGUGGACCUCCAGUCCUUCGAACUCCACUUUGAAUGGCUCACCCGGCCGACAUGGAAACACGUACACGCCGCCUCGUUCAACUUGUCCAAAUUAAGAGAGUUGACUUCACAUAUCAAGACAUUUCGUGCCUUCCUCCAACGUCAGGUGUUGAAGGUGGACGCACAGUGGCUGCCGUCCCCCACGCCUUCCCUCCCACCCCUCUCCGGUGCCUGGGACAUGGUGCAGUCCUCUCUGGAGGUGCUUCAGCAGUUCCGUCUCUUCUGUGAUUGGGCGUCUCGAGCCCUCCUGACCCUCAAGUCCAAGAACUGAUGGCAGUGCCAUGAUGGUCCACUACAUCU